AGAACAAAAAAUCAAAUUUAAGAAAGCACGAGUCAGACUUAUGAAAAGGCUCCAUUAAAUGAAUCUUCUUGCCGGGAGAAAAAGAAACACGAAGCAGUUUCCCAUAUUGAUAAAGGCAGUAAAGGACUGGAAGAAGCAACAGAGGAAGGGGAAAGGAAAUAGAGAAUGAAUCAUAAUCGGCAAUCCAACGAUGGGAAGCAUGAUGAUGACUCUGCUCUCUCCGAUUUCCUUGCUUCUCUCAUGGAUUACACUCCCACUAUACCUGACGAACUGGUGGAACAUUACUUAGCCAAGAGUGGUUUUCAAUGUCCCGAUGUUCGAUUAAUAAGGCUUGUAGCUGUUGCUACUCAAAAGUUCGUUGCAGAGGUUGCAAACGAUGCACUUCAGCAUUGCAAGGCAAGACAGGCUGCAGUAGUGAAGGACAAAAGGGAGAAGCAGCAAAAGGAUAAACGCCUAAUCUUGACAAUGGACGACCUCUCCAAGUCAUUGCGUGAGUAUGGAGUGAAUGUGAAGCAGCAGGAGUAUUUUGCCGAUAGCCCUUCAACAGGAAUAGACCCUGCUACUAGAGAUGAAUAGUUGGAGUUAGAAUUAUGUUAUUACUUUGUUGAUGCUGCUGGAAACCUCCUUUAUGGCCCUUUAUUACUUGAUUGCUCAGCUUAAUAGACUCGAUUAACAUUUACAGGGUUGUGGCUAAUAAUAUUUCCAGUCAAUGUGUAUGUGAAAAUUACAUUUUUUUUCCCGUUAAUUGGUGGUCUAAAGAGAAGUUUUUGUUA